AUGUUAUUGGCUAAUCUUGGGAGGACUCAACUUGAGGCUAUUGUUACUGUACGGAAUAUUCCUAAUCCGGGUGGAUCUAUUCGAGAAAUGGCUGCUUAUGUCUAUGAGAAUGAUAAAUGUGUAUUAAACGCAGUAGAGAAGGGCCUUUUCUUGAACGUGUAUCGCAAAGUAUUUGGAACCCCGUAUGUAGAAGAGCUUCAAGCUAUGUCCACGGGAUUGCAGGCUUCUUAUGAUGUCCUUAAUGAGCCUCGAGAAGAAGAUGAUGACGCACCAAAGGAAUCACCACCUUUGGAUGGUGAUUUGCCGGAGGAUGCGGGUAGUACUGGUAAAGAGGGUGGUCUCUCCUCUAAGGGUCUGGUCUCAUCGGGCUUUGAUUAUGAUUUUGCUAACAAAGCUGUUGAGAGUAUUACUGGUUCUGAGGAGAAAGGUGGCCAGUUCACUGACUUCUUGGCCUCUGAAUUUCAGAGGAUGCGGCAAGAAAACAGUGCUGCUCACUCGACUCUGAUGAACGUGGAGUCAGUAUUGUCUGAAAAUCUGAAGACCAUCGCCCCUACUAAUGCUAAGAAGGCCCAAAUUCGUUCGAAUAUGGGUUACCGUAUGCCACGGUAUGGAUACUUGAAGUCCUUCUGGUUACUGCCUCCUCAGUGGCAGAAGGAGAGACCUGAUGAUUUACCUACAGGUUCUGACGAUUUGGCUAUCAACGAAGCUCAAUUAGAGUUCGUUAAGCACCGAGUGACUCAGGCUUCUGAGAAGCUGGUGAGCCAGAUCAAGGAGCUCCAAGGAGGGCCCUAUCAGGGUGCAGAGUCUACACCCGAAACUCAAUGUGAUAAAAUGCAGAAUGUGAAGAAGUCCACUAAUGAGAUUCUACCGCAGUUUAUGUACAAGCUCCAGAACUUGUUUACUGGUGUCAAGAUUGAGACUGGUCAAGAACUGGUUGAUAGCACUAAGUUGACUCGUCUUCGUGGUGCGUUGCCUAAAGUGGACGUCCAGUUCCUAAGGGAGAAAUUCCCUACUAACCUAACUUAUGAUCAGUUGGUUACGAGAGUUAAUGAGUAUUUCUCUAGUGCCAUGGAUUGUGAGUGCUAUGAGAGGUUUGUUAAACAGUAUAGGAUGUUAAACGCCCCCGAGAAAGUUGAUGGCUAUGCUCAUAACGAUUUGAAGACGGUGGAUACUGUGGUGGACGCUAUGGAAGAAGCGCCUUCCGUUCAGGAGGGCAAAUCUUCCAAGCGUGGAGAGAAGCCCAAGAAAGCUACUAAGAAUGUCGUGGCCAAUGAGGCGACGACGGCUAACUCUGGUGGCUCUGUAGGCUCUGGCAGUUGUCGACGUUGUAACUCUAAUGGUCACAACGCUGAGAACUGCACUUCUGAGAAUUUGUCUAUCUUUCGUGGUCGCUGUUAUACCUGUGCUGACACUAGUCAUCAGGCGAACAAGUGCACGAAGGAUAAAUCUAAGUUGGUUUGUAAAAGGUGUUUACUUGGUGGUCAUGUAGCAGACGUCUGCCGAGUGAAGUGGUCUUUUAUACCUAAGUCACAUCAUCCCGAUCCUUCAAGUUCUGGUGUCAGUCGACCUCCCCAGCCUAGUGGGAAGUUUGAGACUACUGUUAACCAGAAGAAGGAAGCUACGGAUGUCUCUGCUAACUCUAAUCUGUGUGAGAUUGGUGACACACAGAUGGAGAAAGCUGAGAUCGGUGAGAUCUACGAAUGCCAGACUAAAGCCGUCUCGUGGCUGGAUCUGAAAAAGGGUAUGAUAUAUGCCAAAUUCAAGGUCUUCUGCGGGAACCCUUAUGAAACUGUCGAUAUGUGUGGGUUAUUGGAUACGGGUGCUUAUUUGAGCAUCAUCGACAACCACACGGUCGAGGAGAUGGUAAGGAAGAAUGCUGGACGUGUUGCUAAACUGCCUCAACCCUUAACUUGUACUAUGGCUGAUGGCAGUAGGCAACAAUUGACCAAGCCGGUUGAUGGUGUUGGCCAAUAUGUUCAAUCUGGUAGAGAAGCAAGGUUUAUCAUACUAAAGACUAUCAAGAAGGACAAGGUUCUCAUUGGUAGUGAUCAGUUUGAAGACUUUGGCUUCGUUAUCGGAAAGAUGAUUAAUUGCAAUCAUGAGAAGAAUUGCUUGUUGACUGACCCGUCUCAAGUCAAUAAAAUUAUGGUGGAGGAUUCUCAUCGAGUGGUUAUUCAUUGUGACCAUGUAAAGUCACAAAUGGCUGACGUCGCCGAUGAGAUUAACGCCAUUAAGGUCUAUGAGCCCAAAACUUACGAGGGUAGAAUGGCAUCAUUGGAAUGGAGAUCGUCCCAAAGGCCCCACAAGGCUUUCAAGGCUGCGGUCAAGAGAGCUAAGAGGUUGGAGUAUUCGCUAAAGAGAAGAGGUGGCCAGGAACUGGUGAAAGCUUAUAGUGACCAGUUCAAGCAAUGGCUUGAUAAUGGGUUUAUCCGUCCUGUCGACAAUGAGGAGACUGGCGACACCCAAGACAAGGUGGGUGACAUUCAAAGUCAGAUUGAUGAGAUUAAGUCCAAUUUGAGUCGUUUGACUACGGUGGUUGAGGAGGUUCUCCAAGACCGUGGCUCUCGUGAUUGGGUACAUGAAGACUAUCGUGGGCGUCCCUAUAAGAAGAGGUGGGGUAAAAGAUAUGGUUUUGAUGAUGGUUGGCAUAAGAAGGGUGAUGAUGGUUGGAAUAAGCGCCACUCGAGUGGUAGCUCUGGCAGUCGUUGGUAA